CAUCACAUGUGUACACUUUGAUUUAUUUCAUAUUUAGCCUAUAUAAUAGCCUAGCAAAUUAUAAAAUAUUUAACAGACUGAUGUAAAAUUUUGUCACGUGAUAAUUUAAAGACGGGUGUUGAUGAUCAGCCUCACCGUCACUCGCCAUUUUAUAUUGCACGUGCGCUUUACAAAGACAAAAGAAGAGAAGAAGAGAGUAAUCAAGGAAGUUUAGUCAAGUUUUGUCAAUCCUUUACUGAUUUGAAGACUUAAAAUGGAAAAGCAAAAGAGAACAGAAUUUACGCCAGAACAAGUGAGGAUGCUGGAGGAGGCCUAUGGACAGGGCACAAGGAAAGGAAAGGCCUGGUUAGGUGCUCACCAGGAAUUGGCAGCAAAAUUAAAUUUAACAGAACUUCAAGUAAAGAAUUGGUUGGGAAAUUACCACAAAUCCAAAAGUGGACAUGGUAAAUUGGUUCAAAGGAAGACACUCCCAGCAGUAAGGCCAACUGCUUAUUCCUUAUUUUGUAAGGAAUACUCCAAGGAUCAUCCUGGCUUUAAUCCUUCAAUAUGGAAAAUGGAGUGGGAGGCAGCUGGAGAGAAGGAGAAAGAGAGGUACGCAAAGAUGGCAAGGGAGAUGUCAGAAGAGGGGGGAAGUGUAUCAACAAAUGAUGAUCCCACUACUCAGAAGAAGACCAUUAGAACCCUUCUGAAGCAACUGGAAUGGACUAGUAGGCGAUUGGAAAAUAUGGGCUUGCCCAAUUUCGCUUUGGUGGCUGAAAAUAAUACUGUCCACAGCGUUGGAACAGGGAGGGGUCGAGAAUUCCUUGAUCGUGAGGAUAUUGAACCAAAUUUCAGCCGAUUUUGUAAUCAAGAUUAUUCUACUCCAGAGAAAUCAAAAGUCAAUGAGCUGCGAAAGACAGUUCAAGUACACAUGAACGAAUUAUACAGAAAGGCUUCAGGCAAAGCAGGGUGCUUUCCCUACAAGAUGGUGCGUAAAGGGGAUAUUGUGGUGGAGGGACUUCCCCAGGCUGUCUUACCUUUGCACCCUCCAUCACACUAUGGAGAAGAAAAGCUGCAGCUGUUGUUAUCUUGUCCCAGCAUUUCAGUAAAUUACCCACAGUCAGCAGAAGAACCUACAGAUUCUCUAUCCCAGGAACCAUUCAUUGAACACUCAUCAUCUGCAUCCUCUAAUGAACCAUCUACCUCCUCUACUAGGCCAUCAUCAUUGGAACCAUUGCCUACAUCAUCAUCACAGCAUGCCACUACAGAGAUGGAGGAUGUGGGAAAUGACCUUAUUGGCAUACUUGGAGUGACAUCAGAACUAGAGAAGAAAAUUAAGAAAGAAAUGAGGAAAAUGACGAAACAAAAAGGGAAAAGCAAAGGUAAGGAAUCAAAGGCAAAACAGAAGAAAAUGGCAUUUGAUGACAAUGAACCAGGAUUCUACUAUGUAGAUGAAAUAUUAAGUGAAAGGAAGAAAAAUGGAAAAUCAGAAUUUCUUAUUAAGUGGGAAGGGUAUGAAGAUCCCACGUGGGAACCAGAGAGAAACAUCCCCACACAUCUUAUUGAGGAGUUUAAGAAUGUCUGAAAAUUUAAUAAUUAUUGUGUCUGGGAAUGUGAAUAAAUUAUUAGUAAG